GGGGGGAUCCCGUGUCGCCGCCGCCACCCUCCGCUGGAUCUAUUGUGAGGAAAUUGCCAUUUGCCGGCAGCGGCGGCACAUCUGGGCGGGCGCAUCUGGGCAAACAACAUCGGCUCCCGCCGCCUUCUUCCAACGUCCUCCAACCGGCCGAACGGAUCCCUCCGGGCCGCCGAGGAGCUUUCUGCUCGCCAGCCCCGGGGUCCUUCUUUCGGGAUCAAUCUUAAAAAAAACCUGGCAGCGCGGGGGGUGGGGUGGGGUGGAAAUAAAGGCUGCUAUUUUUUUCCCCUGGGAUUUAUUUCAUGGGGAUGUGUUCAAGACAAGAGAGGAUUCAGAAGGAUAUUGACGUUGUGAUCCAAAAGUGCAAGGCGGAGAAGGACUGCCUGUUUGCAGAUUUCAGGUACUCAGACUCCACCUUUACCUUCACCUAUAUUGGAGGCUCCAAAAGUGUGUCCUAUUCAGUACAUGUCUCUGAGGACUACCCAGAUAACACUUACGUUUCCAGUUCUGAUAACGAUGAAGAUGUGUUAGUUACAACAGAGCCAAUUCCAGUAAUUUUCCACCAAAUUGCUACAGAAUUAAGAAAAACCAGUGAUGUAAACUAUUGCCUAUCCAUAAAGUCAAAAUUACAGAGGGAGAAUGGAGAGGAGUCACGGCACAACAGCGCAGUUGAAGAAGACUCKGAAGGAGAUAAUGACUCUGAGGAAUUCUAUUAUGGAGGACAGGUUAGCUAUGAUGGAGAACUUCACAAGCACCCACAGCUGGAGGCAGAUUUGACAGCAGUAAGAGAGAUCUAUGGACCUAAUGCAGUAUCUCUCAGGGAAUAUGGAGCCAUUGAUGAUGUAGAUAUUGAUCUACAUAUCGAUGUUAGCUUUCUUGAUGAGGAGAUUGCUGUGGCUUGGGAUGUAAUUCGCACAGAGCCUAUAAUAGUGCGACUGCACUGUUCRCUUACACAGUACCUAAAUGGUCCAGUGCCAACUGUGGAUGUAUUUCAGAUCUCUACAAAGGAAAGAUUUGGGCUAGGACAUCAGCUGAAAAAGAUCAUGCAGACAUUUGUUACACAGCAGUGGAAGAACAGUAAAGAGAAAUCUAAUUGUACGCACAAUAAGAAGGUGUCUGACAAAAAGGUGAAAUCCCCUCUGCACAUCUUUUCUACAUUGCGCAGGUCGCCAAGUUAUCCUCCACCAGGCUGUGGUAAAAAUAAAUCRAAGCUGAAGUCAGAACACGAUGGCAUCUCCAAGACACACAAACUACUGAGAAGGACUUGCUCUAGCACAGUGAAGGCGGAGGAUGUGUGUGCCACAAAAUCUCACAGAACCUUUGGCCGCUCGUUGUCGAGUGACCCUAGGGCUGAACAGACAAUGGCUAUUAGAUCGCACAAACUGCUGAAUCGUGCUUGCUCUGCGGCUCUCAAGCAGGAGGAGUGCAUCGCUUUAAAGCCCCAUAAGGUGUUAAAUAGGUCGUGCUCUGGGGAUCCUCGAUGUGAGCACAACAGCACCUUGAAGCCCCACAAACUUUUAAGCAGAUCCUACUCCAGUAACCUUAGAAUGGAAGAAUUGGAUGGAUUGAAGAAUCACAAGUUGCUCAGCAAGACUUACUCCAAUGCCCCUAGAUCAUCCAAAAUGGAGCCUUUCAAGGAGUCCACCAUGGCAGAGAGCAGGAGGCUCUCUCUUACCUCAGGGCUUAUUGGUAUCUUAACACCAUCCUCAUCAUCACCUUCACAAGCUGCUCAAAAUUAUGGUGCAAAAUGCAUUCCGGUGCGAGACCGUGGCUUUCUUGUGCAGACUAUUGAAUUUGCUGAGCAGCGGAUACCAGUACUGAAUGAAUAUUGUGUAGUUUGUGAUGAACCUCAUGUGUUCCAGAAUGGGCCUAUGCUGAGGCCCACUGUUUGUGAACGGGAGCUCUGUGUAUUUGCUUUCCAAACAUUAGGAGUGAUGAACGAAGCUGCUGAUGAAAUUGCAACUGGCGCACAGGUGGUUGAUCUGUUAGUGUCCAUGUGUCGGUCUGCAUUAGAGUCACCUAGGAAAGUUGUCAUUUUUGAGCCAUAUCCUUCUGUAGUUGAUCCUAAUGAUCCUCAGAUGCUGGCCUUUAACCCCAGGAAGAAGAACUAUGAUCGAGUCAUGAAAGCAUUGGACAGUAUCACCUCUAUCAGAGAGAUGACACAGGCACCUUACUUGGAAAUAAAGAAGCAGAUGGAUAAACAAGACCCGCUUGCACAUCCUCUUCUGCAAUGGGUUAUUUCUAGUAAUAGAUCACAUAUUGUGAAGCUACCAGUGAAUAGGCAACUGAAGUUUAUGCACACUCCCCACCAGUUCCUUCUUCUCAGCAGUCCACCAGCCAAAGAAUCCAAUUUCCGAGCUGCUAAAAAUCUCUACGGAAGUACCUUUGCAUUUCAUGGUUCACACAUUGAAAAUUGGCAUUCCAUCCUGAGGAACGGCUUAGUUGUUGCUUCCAAUACGAGGCUGCAGCUCCAUGGUGCAAUGUUUGGAAGUGGAAUCUACCUUAGUCCAUUGUCAAGCAUAUCAUUUGGUUACUCAGGGAUGAACAAGAAGCAGCAGAAGGUGUCAGCUAAAGAUGAACCAGCUUCAGGCAGUAAGAGCAGUAAUACAUCACAGUCACAGAAGAAAGGACAGCAGUCACAAUUUUUGCAAAGCCGUAACUUAAAAUGCAUAGCCUUAUGUGAAGUGAUAACCUCACCCGAUCUGCACAAACAUGGGGAGAUAUGGGUAGUUCCCAAUACGGAUCACGUGUGUACAAGAUUUUUCUUUGUUUAUGAAGAUGGUCAAGUGGGUGAUACAAGUAUAAACACACAGGAACCAAACAUUCAUAAAGAGAUUCUCCGAGUCAUUGGCAAUCAAACUGCUACUGGUUAAAAGGACCACUCUUAUUUAAUUGAUGUGAAGCCUUCCUCAGUCUCAAAGCUGGAUUUUGAACUGAAGAAGAUGCAAAAAACUAAUUUAUUAUUAUUAUUCUACUAAGCAAAUUAACCAUUUGAAUACUUACUGUUUUCUUACUUAGUAUUUCGUAUCUCAUCAAAAUACCUGAGAUGGUAUCAAUUAGCAACUGUAGGGGUGCAAAGUCUAUUAUUAUACUAAAACAAUUAAUAAUUAAACAGGCAUUUGGGUUGCUCACAAUAAACAGACAUUAAAAGGACUUUUGUGCUGAUAUUUUUAUACUAAACUUCAAUUGGAAGUUUUAGUACUGUAUACUGGUAUUUUAAAUUUAGAAUGACUGAAUUACAAGUAAGAGAGAAGAUUUUAUAGCGGAGCACCUGUAUUAUGCAGGAUACUUUGCAAUAAGUAAAAUAUUCUCAUAUUAAAAACACAAUAAAAGGUUGUCUGAAAUAUGUAAAAUUGAAGAGAUUGGUUACCUGCAGCUAUAUUUGAUUCUUUUUAUUUUACACAAAUGCAGCUAGCAUUUAGACUCAAAGGUGAAAACAACAAUACUUUUUUUUUGUUUUAUUGGGUGARAAAGAGCAAAAUGAAUGUGAUGGUAUAUGUUCAGCUUUCUUUAUCUUUUCUGGAAACACUGUCUUACCCAUUAAGCAGCUCAGUUGCAUUUUUUAAUUAUACAAGCCUAGAAAACACCUGAAAGUCCUGAAGCUGUUAAUUUCCUUUUUAGAUUUUUCAUUUUUAUAUACUAGAUUUUACAAUUUCAUUAGAUCAAUAAGGUUUUUUAAUGUUUGCAUCUAACUUCAGUGAAACUGCUCUGUGAUUAAAUUUAUCCACAUAUUUUAAACUAUAUGCUGAGUUAAGGCUUUUACAUGGUUGAGUUGAUUGUUGGUGCAUCAGAAAAUAUAUACAAAUGCAAAAUUCUACUGAUUGUGUCUUGGUGAAAUAGUUUUAUUAAUUAAUUUCUAAGUGAUAAGAUAUCAAUUUAAAUAUCUCUGUCUUUUAAAUUAUCAACUGUUUUUUCCGAGUGCRUAUGAUGGCAACACAGAUAGAGAAGGGUCCAGUCUCCAAGGCAUAAAGCAUACCCUGUGCCCUGAUGAAUGCCCUUGGCAGCCCUCAUGGUAGCUACGCUGAAGCAUCAAUCACACCCUUGAAUAUGGAGAGCAGUUCAACUUAUCCAUGUGUGCAAGUACUACAAGCCACCUCAGAAAGCAAAAAUAGAAUGAAUUCUCUCUUAUGUUACUUUCAUAAUAAAGAUACUAAAGCACCAAUAACAGCACAACAGAGCACAGGUGUGUUUGUUUCUUUUAAACAGAACUGAAUAAGGUAUGCUGUACUGGGUGAUUCCUGCUUUCUAGUUCAAGCUAGACUCCUGUAUUACUUGUUGCACUGAAGUGCCCUAAAAGUAAAAUGCCUAGGAGAAUAUACAUGCAGUUAUAUUUUAGCAUUCCAUUUGCUGGAAACUUUAGUUUUUUCUGGGUUCAUAGUCAGACUUGUAAAGCCAAUUCUCUUUGCAAAUCCCUAUUUUGCUAUUAGAUCUGUUGACUUGCACCCUCAUUUGGUGGACCCCUAAACUGAGAAUCACUACUGUAAUUGUUAUCUUUUGUGUUGGAAUGCAGGCUAACUUCUUGAAACAAAGAGUUUUCCUGAAAUUUGUCUGCAUAAAGAUUUCCAUAGGUUAUGUGACUGCACAAAUUCAGCAUUGUUCAGAAGUGAGGCUGAAACCCUGGCAUGACCAUCUCUGUGUAAUGGUCCUGCCAUAUGUAUCUGAAUCACUGUAUUUUGCCUAGCAAAAGGAAACUGGGAAGCAAGUUCACAAAGAUGUCCUGUGAUUAUUUGCUGGGCUGAUAGUCCACCACUCUGGGAUGCUUCUUCCAAAAAAACUAGGAGAAAAGAGAGAUGACCGUGAGUGAAUUGGAGAAGCCAAGUAACAUCUUCCACAUCCCCUCAAGCUACAGCAGGGUCAUGAACUAAACCCUUGAAUGAGUCUGAAAUGUAGGUAAUGAGUCAACCUUUGUUUGCAUUGMGGGGUCGUGAUACUGGUCAUGCGUGGUGCCAUCAUAAGUGUAACCCCAGAAAAGGGAAGAGAAAAAAUACAUUGCUGCCAAAUUUUAAGGCUGCUCAGAGGUUUGUUUUAAAUGGAUGAGCCACAUCCAUUGUUGUGGGGGGAGGUGUAGGGGAAGGCAAGGGUCCACAUUAUAUGGAGGCCUUGCUAUUAUAAAGUACCUGUCUCAGGGCGUGCUGAGGUGAUUGACUUAAUGGAGGAGAAGGAUGAUGCUCGAGGGUAAAAGGUAGAAUGUGAUAAGCACAGGCAUUACAAACCAGUGGAAAAGGGCAAAAUCUUUCAGGAGGAAAGGUAGUUCUGAAGGGAUUAAAAAAGGCAUUAGCUGCUCUGGUCCCACACAGUGCAUAGCAGGAAAAGGGACUGGGAGAACCAAGCUGCAGCAUAGGAAUAUGCAGCCCAUGACAAUACGGGACAGCACCGUGCCCAGGGCCACUAGGCCACCUGAAAAGGAGUCAGUGUCUAUGGUACAGUGCAAAUACACAAGCCCAGUGUCACACGUGAACAACAAUUGAACUAUAACCAAAUUCUCUCACCAGAAACUCAGUUGCCUUUUUCUUUAGCCAGUGUAUUAAUGAGAAACUUCUAAGGCUUUGUACUAUUUGCAGAUGAAUGUGACUCUUCAAGCCAUUUAACAAAGUAUUAGUUCUCAUUGUUUUUAAAAGGUGAGGGGAAGGAGGAAUGUUCAUUUGGGAUCUUUUACUCAAAAAUAAAUAAUCUUUAUAUAGUAAGCUUCAAAGCUGAAACAAAGAUUUUUAUCACCAAGAACUGGAAUGAAAAAGCCUUAGGAUGAGAUUUUCUUCAAAGGAUUUGUGCUUUGGGGUUUCAUGCAAAGUUGGAAGUUGCAUGUUGCCAAAUGCUUCCAAAUAACUUACAUUAACAUGGAUUCCAGGGAAUGAAAAAUAAAAACCCAGGGUCAUUUGUGCAAGAUCCUGUGUUAUGCCCAAAGCCCUUGAAUUUUCCAUCAUCUGUUACCUCACCCACAUAUUGGUGAUAAAGCAAUCAUUGUAAUUCCUGCUGUAAAGAUGUAGGCUUUCCACAGAUGUCUUUUAAUCAAAUAAAGUGGAGCCCCAAGCUCYGCCAUGUCGCUUGGUAGAGAUUUCUGUGAAGUCAUUGCUGUCUCCGUACYCAACAGGGAGCAACAAAGGGAGUUCUUGAUUAAUAACUUACUAACUUCUUGUAUCCUACAACAGAAUGCAAGCCCUCCUCAUGGUGGAAAGGUUUGACAGAAAAAUUAUGGUAGUACUUUAAUGUUGCACCCUAGUUAUGAAUUGCUAUAUUUAUACUGCUGAGUAUCUUAAACAUUGAGAAAGGAAUCCAGAAAGAUGCUUUUAAAUCUUGAGAUUCAGGCAAAUAUUUCUCAUUCAAGGGCUAAAUUGAGCAAUUUGAGGUACCUUUUUCUAUGACAGGCAUCAUAGCCCUGUUUUCUUUAACAGUGCUACACUGUUUUGAUAACCUGAAUCUUUGACUUCCUGUUACUUACCAUAAAAUGACCAGGUUGUGUAAUAUUUUAGUUAAUGUUUUACAGGAACUAGUCAAUGACACUGGAAUUUUUUAGGCUUAGUUUUUUCCUCUACAGCCCUUGAAAAACUCUUAAUGAUGCUGAAUGAUUUUAACAUAAUAGCUGUUGGUACUAAAAAUGCAUAUGAUGAAUUAUGCUAACGGUAUGCUUUUGUUAAUACAAAUAUAAAGUCUCUCCAAAUGAAGACUUUGUUCAUAGAUCAAUUAUAUUUUGCGUAUAAAUUACUUACUGCUGUGGAAAUAAUUAGCAUAAUUCCAAACAGGAUGAAUGCAAAGUAGAAAAAAAGGGGACAACUGAGAUUMAUGAUUUGGGAGGAGACUAAAAACCCCCCAAAUCCUGAGCAAAUGCAAAAGUAAUAUCUAACUACUUAAGAAUUAUAUUAAUUUAGAUAGAUUUUUUUCUUGGCUCUGGGAAAUGAAAGAGAUACGAAAAAUAUGAGCCAUGGCUCACCAUGUGCAGCCUCUGCUGGCAGCGCUGCUGCAGCUGGAAUGGCCCUAGCCACCCAUUCUCUUCUCCCCUGAGGCACACAGCAUCCUGUGGUGG